UCACGUUAAGUCAUCGCGGACGGUCGUCAAAUCGUGGCGGGUGCGCUAAGUUCGGAAAAAUCGAAGUUCGGGCUCCAAAAAAAAUUAAGUGGGUCUUUAAUCUACUAGUGAAAACUUUGUGGAUUACCUUUCAUUAGUGGGCUAGUGUUGUUGCUAUCAUUCAAAUCGGUACCUGGAAGCUAGCAACGAUUUUGCUAAGUGACAUAUCUUAACGGAAGAUGAUUUCCAAAGUGCUAGUCCUGUCCUGCCUGGUGGCGGUAUCGAUAUGCGCCGAUUCAAAGCUGAAGGUCGACGUGGUCAGCGUACCUGAAGUUUGCAGCACCAAGAGCAAAUCCGGGGACAUGCUGACGAUGCACUACACCGGCAAACUGACCGAUGGAACCAAGUUCGAUUCAAGCUUUGACCGUGACCAGCCAUUCACCUUCCAGCUCGGAGCAGGACAAGUCAUUAAGGGUUGGGACCAGGGAUUGGUUGAUAUGUGCGUUGGAGAAAAGCGUAAGUUGACCAUCCCUCCAGAGCUCGGAUAUGGAGAUCGGGGCGCUGGAAAUGUCAUUCCUGGAGGUGCCACCCUUAUUUUUGACGUCGAACUGAUCAACAUCGGUGACUCGCCCCCAACCACCAACGUGUUCAAGGAGAUCGACGAGAACAAGGACAUGCAGCUGAGCCGCGAAGAGGUCAGCGAAUACCUGAAGAAGCAGAUGGUGGCCGCCGACGGUGGCCAGGAGUCCGAGGACAUCAAGAACAUGAUCGCCGAGCAUGACAAACUGGUGGAGGAAAUCUUCCAGCACGAGGACAAGGACAAGAACGGCUUCAUCUCCCACGAUGAGUUCUCGGGUCCAAAGCACGACGAGCUGUAAAAGAUCCUCGAUCUUUUCCGGGAAGCUUUACUUCCGAACUUCCCCCCCCCCUUUACCUUAGCUUUAAUCCUCGUUGUUCAAUUCUCAACUCCUUUCGCUGUUUCCGCCCUAAAGCGGAAGCAGGUUCCAAUUUGUUGCAAUUUUUAACUAUUUUUCUUGUUUCCUGUUUACUUAAGCAUUUAAGACUCGUAGAAUGGUUUACGUUAGUAGAUGAAAAACAGAGAAUUAUAUUUUUUAUUUCCGACCGUGAUGCGACUAUUUAAACCUUCAUAUUUUACAACUUUGAGAGGUAGAUUAUUUAUUUUACCACGGUAUGUCACUCGAAGCAGUUAUUGUUGUGAAAAAUUCGUUCAUCGUUAGCAGUUCGUUUACGAAGAUAAAAAGUCCGUUUCUAUUGGUGUAAAUAUAUUAAAAGUGGUGCAAUCAUUUUUUAAUAACAAAUUUUCUUUUGAGUUUAUUUAUCAUCGAAAAAUUAUUUGAAAAAAGUAACGUGUCGUAAGAAAAAUUUGCACAAAUUUAACUGUUAGCUGGGAAAACAGGCUAGAAUAUGAAGAUAGGAAAAAAACAAUACCGGUGUUCAAAAGUUAACAUAUUUGUUUCGAUACCGUAACAACGCAACACAUCACACAUACGAGAAACAUAUCACAGUUUAGGAAAGUAAUAAAAGACAUUUUGUAAAGA